AUGCAGCAGGCCGCCAAGGAGAUGGAGAGCCUCGACUACGACAUGUUUGAGAGCGUCGUCAACAAGUCAGGCUUUGGCUACAAGUACCGCGAUGGCCGCGAGAAGAGCCGAUCGAUCGUCGUGCGGUGGGUCCUCACACUCGUCGCGGGGCUCAUCACGGCCUUGGCUGGCAUCGUGCUCCUCCUCUGCACGCAGACGCUUGCGCACGUCAAGCGCGACCUCAUCGACCACUACAUCGCGGCCGGGCCUCCGACGCUCGUCUUUAGCGUCGUGCUAGGCUUCAACAUGGUUCUCGUCCUACUCGCGACGUCGCUCACGAUCUUUGGCGAGCCCGUGGCCGCGGGCUCGGGCAUCUCGGAGAUCAAGUCGAUGCUCAAUGGCGUCAAGAUCCCACGCAUGUUGCGCUUCCGGACGCUAUGCUGCAAGCUAAUCGGGACCAUCUGCGCAGUCUCGGGCGGGUUGCCCGUCGGGAAGGAAGGACCGAUGAUCCACAGCGGGGCCAUAAUUGCGGCGGGGAUCUCCCAAGGCAAGUCUUCAACGUGGGGCUACGAUACCAGUUUUACCUACUUUGCGGGCUUCCGGAACGACCGCGAGAAGCGCGAUUUCCUAUCGUGCGGUGCGGCAGCGGGCGUCGCCGCGGCCUUUGGUGCGCCCAUCGGCGGUGUCCUCUUUGUCCUCGAAGAAGGCGCGUCAUUUUGGAACCAAACCCUCACGUGGCGCACGCUCUUUUGCGCCAUGGUGUCGACAUUUACCUUGGCGUUUUUCAUUUCCGGCCUGGGCAACGAGGCCGGCCACUCGUGGGGCACGCUCGGGUCCCAGUCGGGCACGUUUACCUUUGGCCCGUUCACGCUCUCGACGUACCAGGUGUGGGAGAUCCCGAUCUUCAUCUUGAUGGGCGCGGGCGGCGGCGUCCAAGGCGCCUUCUUCAACGCGCUCAACACGCGCAUGGCACGGUUUCGCGCCCGCUGGAUCCAAACCAAGUGCGUGUGGCUGCUCGAAGCGAUUCUUAUCUCGGGGGCCAUCACUUGCAUGAGCUUUUGGAUCAGCUUUACGUUUGGGACGUGCCACCGGCUUCCGAAGACGCCGAUCGAGCCGCUCGUCUCGUCGUGGUGGGACACGCUCUUGCCGUGGCGCCGGCCAUGGCAAAAUGCAGUGAGCAACGACGACGACGAGUACCCGUAUGCGCACGAUUUGGUUCGCUUUUACUGCCCGCCCGCGUACUACAACGACUUGGCGAGUCUUCUCUUGGCGCCGGGCGAGACCGCGAUCCGCCACCUCUUCCACGCGCCGCCGGAAACGUUUGACGUCAACAACCUCGUACUCUUUUGGGGCCUCUCGCUCCUUGCGUCGUGCUGGACGUAUGGCCUCAAGGUCCCGAGCGGUCUCUUCAUCCCCGCGCUCUUGACGGGCGCAGCGUACGGCCGGCUGUGGACGCGCAUCAUCAACGCGAUCACAGCAGCUUUGCACGCCAAGACGAUCGACCCGCGCGUGUACGGGCUCAUUGGCAGCGCCGCGAUGCUCGGCGGCGUCACACGCAUGACGAUCUCGCUCACAGUCAUCCUGCUCGAGUGCACCGGCAACAUUGAGUACGGUCUCCCGCUCAUCGUGACGCUCUUCUCGGCGCGGUGGGUCGGCAACUACUUCAACCAUGGCAUCUACGACAUUCACAUUCACCUGCGGCACAUUCCGUUUUUGGAUUGGGACCCGCCGCUGCAGGGGUCCCACCUCCGCGUCAAGCAUGUCAUGACACGGCAUCCCAAGUGCCUGCGCACGGUCGAGCGCGCCGGCGCCAUCUACGAUUUGCUGUGUCAUACGACCCACAAUGGGUUUCCGGUCGUCGUUGAAGACCCGACGUUCGGCACCAAGUUCUUUGCCGGCGUCAUCUUGCGCAAGCAGCUCGACGUGCUUCUGUUGCGACAUGACUAUUCGCUUGCCAAGCCGACGCCGUUCUCUCGCCACCCACGACCGUCUGUCACAUCAACAUCGACGCCAACGACCGACGCCGACUGCUUGAGCUACAGGGACAUGGAAGCCAACUACCCGCACUACCCGCACCCAGCGCCGGUCGACGCGCCCAACGGGCCAGCCUACACGCUCCUCGACGCGCACCGGGACGCGUGGGUCGACCUCACGCCGUACAUGAACCAGACACCGUUCGUGGUCCAAGAAGAGGCGCCGUUCACGCGCGCGUACCGACUCUUUCGCAGCUCGGGCUUGCGCCACCUCAUCGUCGUCAACCGGCACAACAACGUCCGGGGCAUCAUCACGCGCCGUGAGCUCGAGGCAGAGCACUGUGCGCGCUGCUGGCGUCUCUGCCGCCGGCUCAAAGGCCUCGACGACGACGCUGCGCCCGAGACCGACUCGUACAACUACUCGACGCGGUCGCCGUCGUCGUCCGUGUGGCACCCGCCUCGCAUCUUGCGCCGACAUGUCGAUCGCACGGACCAGGUCAAGCGCGUGCUCUCGUCGCUGCACAAGCCACUCUUGAGCGACAGCGACAAUACCCCCGGCGAUGACAUCGUCGACGACGCGAUUGACGAUGACGACGAGAUGGACGAUGACGCCCAUGUCUAG